CCCCUAUAUAAGGGUGGAGGGAGCGAGCGAGGCAUCGCCUCCUCCCGUCACCUCGUACCGGUGGACGCGCUCGCAAGCCGACGGCAUUCACACGCAACCAGACGACUCGGCAGCCGCACUUCCUGCUACCCCCCCCCCACACACUGUGUACACGCCCACACAGUGUACACCACACACACACACACAGCGUACACACGCAGGGGUAUGCAUCGACACGUGCGUGGCUUAGAUCCGCAGUAGGCGCCUACCUCGCUGGGUUCGUACGGCGCACGGACAAUAUACGCCACGGGCGAACGCUACCGGCGGGGGGGAGUGGGCGUUGGGGUGUUCGCGUACCAUUAGAUACACGUGCCCGCGUGACGGCUGCUUGAUAACGUUAAGUGCACAGGGCACUGCGAGAGAGGCGCGUUAGGCGAUACAUUCCGCACGGUGGGGGGGGGGAGGUAUUAGGUUGGGUAGUAGGUGGGAGACGAUUACGGGCCCUGGGGUAGGCGCGCACCACGGAUCCACGUGCGCGCACUGUACACGCCGCCUGCCGCGCUAGUGGGAGCACGCGUAGUCUUGGGGGGGGGGGAGGCUACGUGAGAUGCGUGUGUAGAGGCCCCGGAGGGCACGCUCUUGAAGUACUUGAACGUGUGUACGUGAGAUAGUUGCCGAGGGUACACGCUGAAGAUGAUGUAGAUGCAUACUGAAUGUACACGCUCGAGAUACGUGAGACGCGUACUGAAGAUACACACACACACCGAGGAUAGAUUACGAUACUCGCCGGAGAUACUGCCCGUACAUACUGCAGAUACGCACUGUAGAUAGUGUAGAUACGUGCUGAAGGUACACAUCCGAUACACGCUGAAGAUACAUCAGAUACACUUCGGAUACUUAAGAUACAGGCUGAAGUUCCAGGCUGAAGAUUCAGGCUGAAGAUUCAGGCUGAAGAUUCAGGCUAAAGAUUUAGGCUGAAGAUACAGGCUGAAGAUUCAGGCUGAAGAUUCCGGCUGAAGAUUCCGGCUGAAGAUUCCGGCUGAAGAUUCCGGCUGAAGAUUCAGGCUGAAGAUACACGCGUAGCCAUGCCUAGAGACCUGUUCCAGAGCCCCGUCCAGAAGACCUGGCUGCCCAGUGACCUGCCCGGAGUCGCGCCGCCAAGAUCAUGCCUGCCGCUGCUUGCCAACUCCCCGAUGCUGAUCGCCAUGGUGGGCCUCCCGGCGCGAGGGAAAACGUACAUCGCCAAGAAGCUGACACGCUACCUCAACUGGGUCGGCGUGGCGACGCGCGUGUUUAACGUGGGCGAGUACCGGCGCGAGGCCGUGCGCUGCUACAAGUCCCACGAGUUUUUCGAGCAGAAGAACGAGGAGGCGAUGCAGAUCAGGAGGCAGUGUGCCCAGGCCGCUCUGAGAGACGCGAGGAGAUACAUAGAUGAGCAGCAGGGCCACGUGGCGGUGUUUGAUGCCACCAACACGACGAGGGAGCGUAGAGACAUGAUCAUCAACUUCUGUCACGACUGCGGCUACAAGCUGCUCUUCGUGGAGUCGCUCUGUGAUGACCCGGACGUGAUCGCCUCCAACAUCGCGGAAGUGAAGCUGAGCAGCCCGGACUACAAGGACUUCGACCUGGAGACAGCGCGGGACGAUUUCAUCAAGCGCAUCGAGUGCUACAAGACCGCCUACCAGCCCAUUGACGACGAGGUGGACAGCGAGCUGUCCUACAUCAAGAUCAUCAACGUGGGGCAGCGCUUCCUGGUGAACCGCGUGCGCGACCACGUGCAGAGCCGCAUCGCCUACUACCUCAUGAACAUCCACGUGCAGCCGCGCUCCAUCCUGCUGUGCCGCCACGGCGAGAGCGAUAGCAACGUGCAGGGCCGCAUUGGCGGGGACCAGGGCCUCACGGCGCGCGGCCGCCAGUUUGCUGGUGCGCUGUGCCGCUACGUGGAGGAUCAGAACGCGCUGGCGCUGCGCGUGUGGACGAGCCAGCUGCGCCGCGCCAUCCAGACGGCCGAGGCGCUCGCGCUGCCCUAUGAGCAGUGGAAGCCCCUCAACGAGCUGGACGCCGGGAUUUGCGAGGAGAUGACCUACGAUGAAAUUGAGCAGAGGUUCCCUGAAGAAUUCUCUCUCCGCGCCGCCAGCAAAUACCACUACCGCUACCCCAACGGGGAGUCGUACCAGGACCUGGUGCAGCGGCUGGAGCCGGUCAUCAUGGAGCUGGAGCGGCAGGAGAAUGUGCUGGUCGUGUGCCACCAGGCCGUCCUGCGCUGCCUGCUCGCGUACUUCCUCGACAAGGGGGCAGACGAGCUGCCCUACCUCAAGUGCCCGCUGCACACCGUGUUCAAGCUCACGCCGGCAGCCUAUGGCUGCAAGUUGGAAUCUGUUCACCUGGAUGCAGACCAGAACGAGUACAAAUGGAGAUGGACACUCAAGCGCCACGCGGGAACCGGUGACAAAACGCCGCGUGCCCUGAAACCGGCUCGCGCAACCCAGUCGCCCUGCGUCCGCUUGGCGGGACGUCCUGAGCGAGGGCGGCCUGCGCUCGGCAGGGGAUCGUAGCGGCCGGGCCGGCGUCGCACGAGCGAUUCCCAAGCGCGGACGGCGCCUCCGUCGCUCAAACAGCCCGAGCGUGGCUCCACGCGUCGGCGAUUCCGUCGCGUUGCGGGCCGAGUUUGUUGCGCGCGGGCGCGGCUGCGGGGACGGAAAGCGCCACCCGCGGGUCGAGUGACAGGGUCCUCCCGGGAAGCACAGGGUCCUCAUUUUUUGGCUUUUAAAAUGCAGACGACGACGCCACCGCUGCGCCAGGGCCACUGCCGAUCGUGCGGGUAGCCGGAGUACCCCCCCGCGCCCGUGACAUGAGAGUACGUUCGUUAGUUAUGAGCUGCUCCUCACUCGCCCCCCGUGCGGGGGGGGGUGGGCGGGGGUCAGUGACUCGGUGGCUCACUUUUUACAGCAAAAUGCGUGGAGAAGAGUAAUCGGAUUACUUUAGUAGAACCCGCGGAAAGAUCCGCGUGUUCCCAACCCCCAUUGCGUGCUGGUGAACAAUACAAUCGCCAGAUUCUCCGAUUAUAAGACGCGCAUAUUUUUUUUAAAUCUAAGUUGGGGGGUGCGUGUUACAAUCCCCGGUAGCUGUGGGGAUGCGAAUUAUGCCGGAAACUUGUCGACAUGUUCGAGCGGUUUUUUACCGGGAAAAGGUUUGAACGCCACAAUAUUUUGUGUUUCCAAAAUAACGUGGUGGGGGGGGGGGAUAUCCGACUAAGUAAUUUUUUUUUCCCCAAAAAAACCUCCGUGAAUUUAUGCGUUUUGUUUUACUUUAUGCGUUAUUUAUUAAAGUGAUGUCUCUCAUCCGAGGGGUCAAAGGUCACCACAAAUGACUCGCCCGUUACCCGACAACCACGUAGCUGUGUUUUUUUCUAUUUUUUUUUUUUAAACUGUUACUGUGCACAGACCGAAAACGUCAAGCGGCCUGGGCAGUGAGCAGUGCGUGUAAAAGUUGUAUUCGAUAAAGAGCGUGACACGUUUCUUGAGUUGAGUAAGGUCGUUGUUUGGAACUUGGGGGGAAAAGACGACGAUGGGGGGGGAGGGGCGGGGGAAUUCCACAGCGGAGCAGUGCAGGGGAAGGAGCAGAGAGAGGGGUGAGGUGACCUGCGGUGUGGUGAGUAGGUGAGGGAGAUAGUGGACGGAUGGGUGAGUGUGGGAG